AUGUCGCCUCCAACAAAGGUAGUUUUAAUCACUGGCGCCAAUGCUGGCCUUGGCUAUGAGAGUGCCCGCCAGCUCGCCUCCAAGGACGGAGUGGAAAAGGUCUUGUUGGCCUGUCGCAACCCCGAAAAAGCACAAGCCGCCAAGAAAUCGCUCGAGGAAUCCACUGGCAAAGAUGGAGACUUUUACGAAGUGGUGGUGAUGGAUGUUUCCAGUCUUGACUCUGUUCGCAAGGCGGUCGACAGUCUCUCCUCCGCUGUCGCUAUCGAUGGACUCAUUUUGAAUGCAGGCGGCGGAGGAGGCAGCAACCCCGCCGAGCUGACGACCGACGGUGUGACUGCAAUCUUUGGCGCCAACGUGUUGGGCCAUGUCCUCUUGGUGGACCUGCUCUUGAAAAACAAAAAGCUCUCGUCAGGUGGAUCGGUUGUAUUGGCCGGAUCCGAGGCAUCUCGUGGCAUUCCUAGUUUGGGCAUGCCGGCUCCCGUAUUGAAGGAUGGCUCGGUCGAAGAGCUCACGGCCAUUGCGGAUGGAUCGCGGUUCGCGGAAAAGGAGAAGACCUUUGAUGGCAUGUAUUCCAUUACCAAGCUUGUGGCGACUCUGUGGAUGUCGUCCAUGGCGCGCAAAGAACCGUCGUUUCGCUUUGUCACCAUGAGUCCCGGAAUGACCGCUGGCACAAACGUGGCCGAUCAUGUCCCCGCCAUGCUACGAUUCCUGUACAAACGAGUAUUUUUCCCAUUGUUCCAGUUGCUGGGCAAGGCUCAUGGUGUGGAUUCUGGUGCCAAGCGUUAUGUCGACGCGCUACUGGAUGGUGAUACGUACAAGACUGGCAUUUUUUAUGCCAGCAAGGUGGGUGCGACGGGGGAGGUGGGAGAUCAAGCCAUCUUCUCGGAUGUUUUUACCAAAGAAGACUACCAGGACAAUGCCUACACCACAGUUCACAAGUUUAUCAAAUAA